AUGUCCAUCCCAGUUCCACUUCCCCUCUCCAAACAAUCGCAUAUACAAUUACAAUCCUCCUUCUCUCCCCCCGACAUGCAAUCCCCCUUCAGCUAUUCCGACUCGUAUGCUUCAUCCUACGCCUCCUCCCCCGGCGACAUGGACUUUUUCUACGGGAUGGGCCCGCCCCAACCUCCCAUCUACGACCCCCAGUUCGACACCCAGUUCGACCUCGACCCCGCCUCCCCUUUCGUCCCAGAGACCAUCCCCGAGGUCCACCCGGAGAUCCACUCCUUCACCAGCUCCCCGUACAUGUACUCGACCCCGCCACCGCCAGUGAAGGGUGUGCCGGUGCAGGACUUUCAGAUGUACGAGGUCGCCCCGAUGCCUACCAGCGUCCCCAGCCCGCCAAGCAGUACCUGCGGCAGCAGCUGCUGGAAUGGCCCCGAGGAGGUUCCGAUGCCCAGCUACCCCCUCACCGAGGACUCGUGCCCAGACUCGCCGUCGGCAGCCAAACCAACCAAGCCCUUCGCCUGCGACGCCGCCGGCUGCACCAAGUCCUUCACCCGUUUCGCCGACCUGAAACGUCACCAGUCCAGCGUGCACUACCCCGUUUUCCGCAACUGCCCCGUCGACCACUGCUCGCGCAAGGGCGGCAAUGGCUUCCCGCGACAGGACCAUCUCGUCGAGCACCUGCGCUCUUAUCACCAUCUUGACGUGCCGAAGCGACGGGCCUUUAAGCGCUCUGCCAAGGAGAUGUCAUAA